AUGUGCCAGGAAGAGUUGCAAACUAGCGUUAGCAAACCAGAGCUUGAGGGCACAUGGGUGGGUAUUGCAAGUCAUUCUUUGGAUGGGUGGAUAGGUUGGCCUGUUGUGAACCCAAUCGUAUGGUUGUCGAAGAAAAUUGAGCUCAUUGAAAUGUUGUUAGACACAACAAAAGGAGACAUGCUUCAUUACAUAUUGGCAAGACACGAACACACUCAUGAGUAUCAUGGAUCCCUCUCGCGGUGUUGCAAGAUCCAAGCGAGGGAUUCUUUUCUUCCUUAUUGGGAUUUAGUUUUGGAGCAGAACAGAACCAAAAUCAUGCGUCUUGAUGUGAUCGAUGACGUCGAUGAUUGA